AUGGUACCAAUGAAAACAACAUCGGGUGCACAUUCAAAAACUGUGAGAGACAUAACUAUCGUAAACAAAGAGAAUCAAUUUAUGGAAAUCAGUCUUUGGGAAGAUAUGGCCAUAAAUGAAGGAGAUAAGCUACAAAAAGUUUUAGAGCAAAAUCCAAUUAUUGUCAUCACAAAUGUCGCUGCAAAAAAGUUUUUAGGUGCUUUGCAAUUGCAAAGUACAGUGAGAUCCGUAUUACAAACUUCACCAGAAUGUCCAGAGAUUAAACAUAUGGAGCAAAGAUCCUAUGAAACUUAUGAUCCAUUAAGGAUAACAACAUCAAAAAUGAUUCAAAAAAUGACAAAUGCAAAGGAAGUGAUGUUGAAAGACCUUAAAGAAAAUCAGCAUAUGCUGGUGAAGGUACUACAUAACAAAUUGAACAUGCAUUCCCUAUUCUCCUUCGCAGAAUAA